AUGUCGUUUUCGGAGCUAGGAAUAUCGAAAUGGCUUCUAAAAACGCUCGAUGAUUGUAAAAUUACAUCACCAACAGAAGUCCAGAAAGCCUGUAUAAAGCCAACUUUGGAAGGGAGAGAUAUUCUCGCAUGCUCAAAGACUGGCUCAGGAAAGACCGCUUCUUUCGCCCUUCCAAUCUUAGAAAGGCUUGCUGAGGAUCCUUAUGGCGUUUUCGCCGUCGUUUUAACUCCAACGCGUGAGUUGGCCUCGCAGAUCGCCGAUCAGUUUAAAUUAUUUGGAACGAAUAUGAAUGUCAGAGUUGAGCUCGUCACAGGAGGAAUGGAUCAGAAUAGACAGACUCUUUUGCUCUCAGAAAAGCCACAUGUCAUCGUCGCUACGCCAGGCCGACUAGCGGAGCUUUUAUCCAGUACGGAUCUAAGGCUGAACAAGGUGAAAUUCUUCGUAUUGGACGAAGCGGAUAGAUUAUUGGACAGAGAAGAUGGAGAUUUCGGAGAUGAUCUGGCGAAAAUAGUCGAAAAACUUCCGGCAAAACGACAGACUCUUAUGUAUUCGGCGACGCUUUCUGAAACGAUUCAAGAAGCAAGAGCGCAGGCAAGCAAAGAGCCAUUUUUCUGGCAGGCAGAAGAACUUGACAAUCAUGUGGAUUCAAACGUCGUCGUGAUGCCUGAAACGCUCGAGCAGAAAUACGUUCUCGUUCCAGAAGACAUCCGAGAUCCGUAUCUCGUCCACAUGGUCAAAUUUCUUCUGGAAGAAAAAAUGGACGGGAACGAGCAACUGAUUAUUUUCUCAAAAACCUGCAAAAGCGUUCAAGUUCUUGGAAUGAUGCUGCAAAAGAUAGGAGCGCGAGCGGUCGUGCUGCAUUCUAUUUUGAAACAGAGUCAACGAUUCUCAGCUUUGGAACAGUUUAAAAGUUCGAAAGCGAGAGUUUUGGUUGCCACUGAUGUUGCAUCGAGAGGAUUGGAUUUACCACAUGUUUCAAUUGUUAUUAAUCAUAAUGUUCCAGGCGCACCGAGAAAUUAUGUCCAUCGUGUUGGUAGAACAGCUCGAGCGGGAAAGAAGGGAACAUCAAUAACAAUGAUGUCCCCUUACGACACGGAGCGGGUAAAAGAAAUAGAAAAAAUGGUCGAUUGCAAGAUGACAGAAUACCCACUGGAAGAAGAUAAGAUUGUAAAAAUUCUAACACAAGUGCAAGUCAUGAAGCGCGAGGCAGAACUUCAACUUGAAAAGAAUAAAUUUGGCGAAAAGCGCCGAAUCAACAGAAUGAAAGAUGAAAAAUUGCAGGAAAAAAUCGAGAUCGCGAAAAAGAGACGUUACGAGGCUAAGAGACUGAAAAGGGAGGAAGCGCUGAAAAAGAAGGCGAAGAAGAUUGCGAAAAACACAGAGAAAAGCUGA